AAAUUAGACCCGCAAGCGGACGCCGGCCGGCAACCCUGUAAAGCAGGCAAUCGCGGAAAGCGAGCGAGCAGUCGUAUCGCACUCUCUCCGCUACGGAGGUGUCGGCGGUUUUCACGGCGUCGCUGCUAUGGCUGCCCUCCCCACACUUGCACAGAUUGCCGGAAAUCACACCACAAUAUACGAGGCUUUCUAUCAACAGGUGGAUCCAGCAGGCAUCAAUCAUGUUGGGGCGCUUGAGGCCGCAGCAUUCUUAAAGCGCUCUGGGCUUGCCGACGCCAUUCUUAGCAAGAUUUGGGAUCUUUCUGAUGCUGGUGGAAAAGGGUUCCUCGACAAGCGGGGUUUCUUUGUUGCACUCAAGCUGGUGGCCCUUGUUCAAAACGGCAAACAGCCAUUACUGGCAAAUGUGACAUUGCCUGCACCACCGCCAAACAUGGCAGAGCAGAUUCGAAGCACCAACAUAGAUUGGUCGGUUAAGCCCUUGGAGCAGACCAAAUAUGUAGAGAUGUUCAACUCCCUGGGGCCGGUAGCUGGGAAGCUUCCCGGAACCAAAGUGAAACCGGUGAUGCUGAACUCAAAGCUUCCUGUGGAUGUCCUGGGAAAGAUUUGGGACCUCAGCGAUGUCGACCAAGACGGUGCCUUGAGUGAAGAGGAGUUUAUUGUGGCGAUGCACCUAGUUUACAAGGCCCUAGACAACUGUCCCAUACCGAGUGUUCUGCCCCCCGUGCUGAUGCCACGGUCCAAGCAGAGUCCGCUGCCAACAGCCAUCCCGGCAGACUUCUCUCCGAUGGGCAUGUCCGGAGUGCGCCGAAGGCCCAGCACCCCGUCUUCUGUCGGUGCGCCCGACAUUGCCUUGCAUAAUACCCUCCACAAGCCACCACUUCCAUGGGUGGUCAGCGCCGCAGAGAUGGCCAAGUUCAGCCAGCUUUUCACAAGCCUAGACACGGACAUGGAUGGGCUGGUUAGCGGAGCCGAUGUCAAAGGGACCUUUCUUAAGACUGGUCUCCCUCAGGCUGAUCUGGCCCAGAUCUGGAACUUGUGCGACACGAAGCAAAAUGGGAGCCUGAACGCUGAACAAUUUGCACUAGCUAUGCACCUGGCAGCAGAGAGGACGAAAGGUGUCCUGCUACCCACUGCUCUGACGCCUGACAUGGUACCACCUUCACUGAGGCCAAAGCUCCAGACAUCUGCAAUUGGCUCGCUGGAUGGAGGUGGUCCCCUCGUUGGCCUGGAAGGGCUGACCAGUUCUACACCGCCACCCCUCAGUGCUCCAAUUUCAGGAAACAAGGAGCUCGAAAUGAUCACCGAUGAGAUGAAGACGUUGCACAUAGACAAGUCGACGCUAGAGCAGGAAAUAAUCCAGGCGGAGACGGAUCUGAAGACCAAGAGCGCGGAGCUACGGAACCUCGAGACAGAGAUCGAGACCGUGUCGGCCAUGCUCAAGCAGCUCGACUCGCAGAAGAGGGAGGCCCAGAAGCGGCUCGCCGAACUCGGUGCUCAGAAAGCAGCGUUAGAUAGAAACUUAACAGAAGUUAGAGAGGAGAUUGAAGAAGAGAGAGCGAAGGUGUCAGCACUGAAGAAGCAGCUUGAGGAGCAGUCGAAACUUUUAGAGGAACAAGAGCGUGACCUGGAGCAGAAGCGGGCCGAGCUCAAGGGCCUCUGCCAAGAGGAGUCUUCACUGCAGGCCGAGAUUGACAACAAGAAGGCACAGCUCCAAGCACUCAGCCAGACGCAGCAGGACACUCAGCUGCAGAUCAGCCAGGUGAAGGCAAAGCAUGUGGCACUGGAGGAGCAGCACUUGCAGCUGAAGACAUGGGUAUCGCAAGUUGAGCGUGCACUCCAAGCUGGUGACCCGGGCCUGGUGCCAGAGUCCCUACUGCGAGAGGACCAGCUCUCGACAGGGUUGGCCGAGCCGGAGUAUCAGCAGCUCUCCAACACGGAAGGCAGCAGCCCUACUAGCUUUGUCAGUGCAGCAGAUGAAGAGAGCAAGGAUGAUCCCUUCAAAAGCAAGGACUCGUUCAAUGACAUGAACGGCUUCCUGGGAGAUCCAUUUGGUGGUGAAGACCCCUUCAAAUCGGUUGAUCCAUUCAACGGUAGUGUCCCUGAAGACCCAUUUGCUGGCGAUCCUUUCAAGAGCACAUUUGGUUCGGAAACAAAGGAGGAAGACUACUUUGCCGCCAGCUUUCAAGAUGCUCCUGAAAUUCCUGCUGUUGCCGACACGAAAGACCCCUUCGACCCAUUCGGGACAGGGAAAGGAGCUUUUGGUGCCACAAAUCCUGGGCCUAGUGAAGUUGCAGCCGCUGCUGAUCCUUUUGGAACGGACCCAUUCGCACCUGUGCAACAUGCUGCGCGUGCUGAGAGUCCAACGCCUGCAUUGCCGCCAAAAAAGGGCAAACAGCCACCACCACGACCGGCACCUCCUAAGCACCUCGCGAGUUCACGGGGAGGCUCGUCAUCUGCAAGUGGUCCCACACGUGCGGCCCCUGCCCCACCCUUGCCAGACGAGGACCCCUUUGCCAGCACAGCCGGGGGAUCUGCCACCGAGUCUUUUGCGAACUUUGCAGACUUCGGGAACUGCUGAGAGAGACAGCGGUGUCAAGCAGAUGAUGCCUUGUGUCUUUUUGUCCUCGUUAUGUCAUUGUUUCUCUCCCGCAACCAUCUGUCCCCUGCACUGUUUCGCUAUUUAUGCGUUGCCGUUUCAUCUUUCAACAUGGGCUGCGGCUGGGACGAUGAUGGCGGAAGGCUUAGUUUUCAGGAAAUCAUGUAUUGUCCACAGCACUGUGUUCAGAUGACAGACAAAAAGCAAAGACUGAGUUGCAUCUCAACUUCUGUGCACACCUUCACAGUUUCUGCAUGUGUGUUAUGAAAGUGUCGAAGAGGAAUGUUGGCCUGUGCACGCUUUCUUUGUCAACUGCCACUUGAAUGGUACAUAAGUAGCUGCUCUUACUUGACCGUAGCUGUGGCAGAUAUUUCCUGUUGAUGGUUUGGCAGGCGAUUGAAAUGAAAUGUUAAUUCAAGGAAUGUUCACCUAAACGCAAGUCUGAGGAUGUCCGAGACAUGGUAUCACUGACACCAAAUCGUUUCUUGUCCACCUCAGCUGAAAUGCAAGUGCUUUUAUUUUAUAUAAAACUGAACUUGCUGCUCCCUAUAAGGUGCCACAUCUGUGCAUGGUAUGGUUCGGACAUAGUGGCCAAAUUGGGCUGGUUUCUUAGGUCUUUCUUUGCCUUUAUUAUAAACACCAAGGGGUUCAAAGACAUUGUAGGUACUGAUUGAAAAGCUUUAAGACUGGGUUUAGUGGACUGCUGUUCGUUAAAGAACAAAUGCACAUUGUAGUUUUAAAAACAUUGGCGUGAAUUUGUGCAGCUUGUGAGACACUGCUGCCUAUAUCACAUUAACUUGUGGUAAUCUGUCAUUAAUAUGACAUUGUUUCUUGUACUUUUGUGGGCCAACUUGCUCGUGGUGGCUGCCAGGAUUUGAGCAAGAAUACCAAAGGAUGUAGUAUUGUUUUUAAUAUGCACUGAAUUUUCAUUAUCUUUAAAACUCGCCGCUCAGGUUGUGCUUGAUGCUCAAGGCUACUAAAGCUGUCUGUUUGAUGAAUAGUGAAAUUUUGCGCCACUGCUGUGAGCAACUAGGCAUGUACAACUAAAUUUCUGCACCUUCAGUUUUUGUCUGCCGUAAAGUGUGGAUUAGUUCACUGCAUUGUGUGUUUGAAUCUCCGUGUCGUCUUCAGUGAAAAACUUGAACAAAUGCUUUUUGCGGGGAGUUUGUUGCCACCAAUGUCAUGUUUAUUUAAAAACCUUCGCGAGAAUUUUCUUGCAUGCAGAAUGGACAUUGUUCAGGUGGCUGAGCAAUACAGUGUAGUUGAUGCCCAGUUUCGUGUUCUUGUGUGCCAUACCUACCAUUUUUUGUGUGUGUCUUUGCAUACUUCUGUGCUGCAUCUGUGCUUGUGUGAUUGUAUUGUGGAGGAACUUUAGAGUAGUACAGCAGUUGCAUGAUCGUAUCAACAGAUCUUUUGAGACUGUUAUAAGAGAGCACAUUCUUUUUGUACAGCUUGUUGAUAACAGUAUUGUUGCUAGCCAUUUGGUUCCAGCUUCUCACUCUUUACAGGAGUCUGUUGUUAUGCUCGCGAAAUGGAACACUAGGGCUCGAAGUAGCUUCCGAAUUGUAGUGAUCCUUGUUUGUCGGCAGUGGACACAACUGUUAACGGUUAGUAUUGAUUUUAAGAGCAGAUCUGUUACUUGCCUGCCUUGACAUUCCAUCAUUCGUGCUUGUAGCGACAGUGCAACAAUGUGCAUGUUAGCCCAAGGCAGCGUGGCGCUGCCCAGGACUUUCUUCUCUAGCUUGCAUUGUUUGUGUAAGGCUGCUGCUUGAUGUAUUUGCCAGUAGGAGCUGUACCAUAAUCACGUCAGUUAACCUCAGAGCAACAACACUGAUUGUCCCAGGAUACUGGGGAAGCAAAGGACACCGCUCUGCACAGCCCUUAUGUGAAGGGUCAGCCAUGUAUAUUAUUAAUUCCUUUCUUGGGUGUGGUACUACAUUGUUAGAGAGUUUAGCUAGUCUGUACAAUUUCUGCGAGUCUUAGUUGAAGUGCAAAACAGUCGGUCGGGUGUACAUAAAAGCACGUGUUUGGAGCUCACUUUAUUUUAAUUUCAUCAUUACUUCGUGAGUGUUAAUUUCGGAUGCGCUCCAAUGUGUCUCAUGCUCUUGUGUACAUAACUACUGCACAACUUUCAGCUUACUGCUGUUACACAUCAAGACGUCUUCCCAGGUAACAAGUGCGGAUCAUGUUUCUUGCCUAGUCUACUUAGCUUAGCUUGUUUUUCUGGGAAUGUAAGCACCACGGGCCUUUGAUUGUUGCUUAAUACAGUUGGCCGAGAGCUAUCUCAUCUGCAAGCGGUACAUGUCGAGAACACCAGUGGACCUGCAUUGCUCUGUACUGUUGUGAAGUGCAUCUUGCGUUUCCAUGUGUUGCAAGCGACAUUGCACAGCCACAUAUGUGAUCGAGUGCACGGGCAGUUACUGCCAUCACAAUACUUGCAAAACUGCCCGUGAACAGUAGUGCGUAGUAAUAAACUUGCAUGUGUUUGUGCACCUCGUAGAAGUGAGUGGAUCCAGUGUCUUGAAGGCAAGUUGUGGUGUAGGUCUGUGAGCACGUAUAUGUUUGAACUAUAAAACAAUAAGAAAAGGUAGUAAGAGCACUUCUAUCACUUUGGAGCUGAGUUGUGAGCAUGUUUCCUCAAGCAUCUAGCACUUGUCUUGAAUGUCAAGGCCUUAACUCUUUCUAGCGCGAGAUAUUUGCCCACAAUGGUGUGCUUCUGAAGAGCAAGUAUGUUCUUAAGUGUGUGUGGAGAUUGGCCUGGUGCUAUGUUAUAUCUCAUCUGGUUCCCAGUGCCAUUCAAGCAGUGGGACAGUUGCAUUCUGUGUUGAAGUUGAUUAUUUUAACAUUCCCUUGCAUUUUAUGUAGAUAUGUAUGCCUUUUAAAUAAAAGCCAUAUGCAUGUU